CGCAGUGACCAUGGAAUGAGUGGAGUCACACCCCUGGGCUCUCACCAGACACUGACACCCAAAUCAGCUCCCUGAUUUCGAAUUACUCUGUCUUCACCAGGCCAUGCAUGGUCUCUUUACACCCAUGUCAUGCUCCAUGAUGGGUCAUAAUGGCCCCUCCCUCCGUUCAACAUUCUCAUUGUUCUCAUCAUCUCUCCCUCGGUCAUGAUGGGAUGGCAUGGCACAUCGACACCUGACCCUGUGGAUUAAUCAUGCUAUUCCUUCCAUGGCUCCAUGAUGCCCAUCCGCCUCUUACUCACAUAUAACACACCACCUCCUGUUGCAGUGUGCUCCCUCUGCCGCUUCCUUCCUACGAUGGCUUCGAGCUGCUGCCUCUUCUUAUUGUUGCUUUCCUUGUUGUUCUCCGCUUCCUUCUCCUUCGAGCCACUUAACAUGGAAGUGGAGGCUUUGAUUGAUAUUAGAAGCGAUUUGCACGACCCUCAUGGGGUUUUGAGCAACUGGGAUGAAGACUCUGUGGAUCCCUGUAGCUGGGCGAUGAUCACUUGUUCUUCAGACAACCAUGUUAUUGGCCUGGGAGCGCCGAGCCAGAAUCUUUCAGGAGUACUCUCUGGGCGAAUAGGGAACCUUACCAAUCUCCAGCAAGUACUGUUGCAGAACAACAACAUCUCCGGCGAGCUGCCGGCGGAGUUAGGCCUACUCCCGAAGCUGCAGUCUUUGGACCUAUCUAACAACCAUUUCUCCGGCGUCGUCCCAGACUCAUUGGGCCACCUCGCCAGCCUUCGAUAUCUGAGGCUAAACAACAACACCCUGUCCGGGUCCUUACCCGCGUCGCUGUCCAAAAUCACGCAGCUUUCCUUCUUGGACUUGUCGUACAACAAUCUCACCGGAUCUGUUCCCGAGUUCCCAUUCCAGAUCAGGACUUUCAACGUCGUCGGGAAUCCAUUAAAAUGUGGCAGCAGGAUGGAUGAGUGCUCGCGGACUACCGUUCCCAGCUCCCUUCCCUUCCUCUUGGAAUCAUCGACUCAGAAGAGAUCCAAAGCGAAGAAAUUGGGCAUCGCAAUGGGCGUCAGUUUCGGAGGUUCGUUGCUCUUGCUCCUCGUUGCCCUGCUGCUCUUCCUUUGCCGCCGAAAGCGGCAGAAGAAACAAUGGGUCCUCGGUCUCAGUGAGCGGGAGGAGGAAGGGGCGGCGGCAGGGGCAGGGGCAGGGCUGGGGAACCUGCGGCGCUUCACACUUAGGGAGCUUCGGACGGCGACCGAGAACUUCAGCGGCCGUAACGUGCUAGGCAAGGGUGGGUUCGGACACGUUUACAAGGGGAGGCUGUCCGACGGCACUUUGGUGGCGGUGAAGCGUCUGCGGGCCGACGCCGUCGGCUCCGGUUCCGGCGAGGCCCAAUUCCGCACGGAGGUCGAGAUGAUCAGCCUCGCCAUCCACCGCAACCUCCUCCGGCUCCUUGGCUACUGCGCUGCCGGCGGUGAACGCCUGCUCGUGUACCCCUUCAUGCCUAACGGCAGCGUCGCUGCCCGCCUCCGAGGUAAGCCGGCGUUGGAGUGGAACACGCGGAAGCGGAUCGCCCUGGGCGCCGCCCGGGGGCUCCUCUACCUCCACGAGCAGUGCGACCCCAAGAUCAUCCACCGCGACGUCAAGGCCGCCAACAUCCUCCUCGACGACUGCUGCGAGGCCGUCGUCGGCGACUUCGGCCUCGCGAAGCUCCUCGACCACGACGACUCCCACGUCACCACCGCCGUCCGCGGCACCGUCGGCCACAUCGCCCCCGAGUACCUCUCCACCGGCCAGUCUUCGGACAAGACCGACGUCUUCGGCUUCGGCACCCUCCUUCUCGAGCUCAUCUCCGGCCGUCGCGUCCUCGAGUUCGGCAAGGGGCCCAGCCAGAACCAAAAGGGCGCCAUGCUCGACUGGGUGAGGAAGGUGUACCAAGAGAAGAAGUUGGAUCUGCUGCUGGACCGCGAUCUGGGGACCGACUACGACAGGAUCGAGCUGGCGGAGAUGGUGCAGGUGGCGCUUCUCUGCACGCAAUUCCUCCCCGCCCACCGGCCGAAGAUGUCGGAGGUGGUGCGGAUGCUCGAAGGCGACGGCCUGGCCGACAAAUGGGAGGCCUCCAUCCGGCCGCCCAUACGAAUCCCGAAAAAUGACGGCAGUCAUGCCGACGCCAACGAAUUCUUCAACAUCAAUUGCGGCAACGAGGAAAACAACAGCGACGACGACGCUGCCUCCGCCGCCAUGGUCGACGAGAUGGAGCUUUCCGGUCCUCGGUAGAACCGUAAAAAAAUUUAGGGCUACUUACUUCAUUUAGGAUUUAUUCCACUAACACAUGAGUUUAAAUUGACUUGUUAGAUGAAUAUUAUUUAUCAAAAAAAAAGUAAAAUGGAGAAUAUAUAUAUAAAUAUAUAUAUUUUAUUCUGGCUGCAA